AGUGCCUGCUGUGACAUGCUGGUUUCAUAAGGAUCCCAAGCACCGUCGCUCCACCGGACGAUCGUUGUUGAUCGUUGUAGUAUGAUGCGAAUACUAUACUAAUUUUCUUUUCUCUGUCCCCUCUUGAAAGAAGGAAGUUCCAAGUUCUUGCCAUAUCCGCAAGAAAGACAUUUACCAUGUUGGGCUAGAAGCUGAUCCAAAUGAAAACUACAAACACGAAAAUGCCAAAACACUUCCAACUAACCCUGCAGCGAGCAUUCGGGCUUUUAAUAGCCUUUGUUUAUCAUCAUCAAAACGGUGCGACCACGUUCGUCCACGCCGUGGCCUACCACAGCUACCCGUCGGGCGACGUGUACCAGGGUCCCGCGCACACGAAUGACCUGCAGAGCGUCGAGGUCGUGGUCCGGCACAACCCCUACGCGGAUUCGCCCACGGUGGCCUUCAGCACGGUCUUCGACUCGACGAAGGCGACCAUCCUGCACUUUGCCACGACCUAUUGUCCGGUGGCGGACGAAAACGUGAAGAAGCUGAAAACGUUGGCGGAUGCGAACGCGGAUGUGCAAUUUUUCACCAUUAUUCCCUACAACAACCAGGACGGCAACUGUUUCAAACAGGAAGCGCUGACCGACUCCAUGACGGGAGCCAGCAUGACGUGCCAAGGCGACGGCGGCGCGGCCCUGUACUACGUGAAGGGUUUCUCCUACCUCUGGUCCGCCAACCUGAACCAGCCCGAAACCCCAAAAAACUACAAGCUGCUCCAGGACACGCCGUACCUGAGCUUUUCCGGAAUGAACAUGUACCUAAAGGGGGAAUUCUACUCUAAAUUCGGAGUGUCCACGGCGAACGGGGAGUCCUGGCACACGAAGGAGCAGGUGGUGGCGUUCACGAAAAACGGCAACAACUUCGGAAUGAUGUUUCCGCAACGCCGAUCGGGGUCGCAAGGCAUCGUGGGCAUGCAGUGGGACGCGUACGACAGCGCAAACGGGGGUCCCAAAACCUCGGGCGUGAUGUGGGAAGAUGUGCAGGCGCUGCUCACCGCCGUGAAAGCCGACAAUUCCCCGGCAUCGCAGACGCCGACGCCCACGCCGGCACCAACGCCGGCGUCAUCUUCCUCGGACUGUAUCGGCACACAAUCAAGGUCUUGUCAAGAGAAAGAGAGUAGAGUCAUAGUCCUUUUGCAUAUUUUUCGUCCUUUUCGCCAGAAUUUUUAUGUAGUUGAAAGUGUAAAUCAGCUUCCUCUUCGACUUCGUGUGGAAGUUCGUGUGUACAAAGAGCUGGCGUCAAAAUGGGUUCUGGCGUAUCUGUGUUCUUGCAUCACGAGAAAUUGAGACACCUUGUGUCUAUAUACGAAUGAAAAUCUCUACAACUACAUCUCACUAACAUGCAAGGUUUUGCUUUGAUACACUCGAGGGGCACACCGUCGCCCACUCCAUCAAGCCCAUCGCCGUCGCCCACUCCCAGUCCCGCACCGGCUCCAGGUAUGGUUUUCACCUAGGAUUUUCAUGGAUGCUGGUGUUAGUUUUGUUCCAAUUGAAUGCAGCAAAGAUGUGAAUUUCAUCCGUCGUUGAAAACAGUAUGUAACAGUGUCGCCAUCUUGCGUGAUCGCUCUGGCGUCUUGUUUGCUAUCCAUCGUGCGAAAAGAACUACAUAUUAGCGUACCUGUACCACUCCUCACUGCAUGUAAAAAAAAACUUCACCGCAAAUUUUUCCCCAUCCUUCAAACAGCACCGACGACGCCCGCUCCGGACAACCACGUGUUUUACGGGCAGACGAAACUGACUUUCACCACGAGCGAAACCUGCACCACUGGCUAUCUGACCUCCACCCUCGGGCCGUCGGUGGUAAAGGGGCUGGCGUCGUUUCUGAGCCUUGCCUAUCAACUGUAAAAAUGUCUGGGCCUGGAAGAUAGCAACUUGUCAUGCUGUUUUUGGACUCUAAAAAAAAUUUGUAUUGCAUGACCAGCAAGAGGGGCGCAGUUUUUGCUACACGGACAGGGCAUUUCUCAUGCGGAAGGUGCAUCAAGAAGCACUCAGAAAAUCUGUGAUGCUAGGGCAUACACCACAGCCGUCGUGGGUAGUGUCAGGUGUGCAUGACAAAUCUUCCAAUCUUCCAGACCCAGACAUUUUUACAUUUCAUAUUGGCGAGGACCGGGUGGCGCUGGAUUCCGUGGCGUGUGCGCGAAGGAGGGAACUUCUGAUGGUGGACGAAAGUGGGAGGACGGUUGAAAAUUUAUUUGCUCAUGAGACGGCCGACGCGAAAGAAGAAGAUGCACGCCGACUUACGAGCAGCACGGUCAGUGGCGACUUCGGGUACCGCGUCUCCGGUUUUUCCAGUCAAUCGUCGGCUUUGACCUCGCUGAUUGCUUUGCAAAACGUGGACGGCAGUGCCGGGUCCGACACCGCUCUGGUUUCUGCGGUCAACACGGCUCUGCCGUGUCAGACGGUCAACACGGCUCUGGUUUUAUCGCGCCAGACCCGGACCAAGAGCCUCGGGGGCGCGCCGGGAAGAAUUUUCGGCAGCAUGGCGCAGUCCAUUCGCAAGGCGAUGCCGACAAAGACGACCGUCACGUUGACAAAAUGCAAUGGAGCUGCAAGUGCAAGCACUACCUGCGGAGCGCAAACUGGUGCAACAACCGGCACUACACGCAGUACCAACGAAGAUGAGGAGCGUGACGAAUUUUAUUCCCCGGUUUCUCCCACAUCGCCGCAGGAGCCGAAUCACUUCGGCCGCGAGGCGUCCGGUUCGUCUAGCGGAUGCGUCGUUUAUCAUACUACUCAGCUUUACCAAGAGCUUACUGCGCAGCACCAUCAACUACCCUUCCGUCCGCCCACUCCGCAAAACGCGCCGGAGCUGCUGGAUAACUUUUCGCCGCCUGAGACUCAAUCAGGAGCAGGAACAGCAGGAAGACAAAUGGAGCCCCAACAACCCCCAACGCAGCUGCAAACCCCUCGUGGUUCUGCCGUUAACGCAGCACGUAGUAGAAGUAGAGCGGGAAGCAAAGCCUCCUGUUCAUCGGAGCACUGGCCACUGCACUGCUCUCAGUUGCAGCAAGUAUUGGCGGCAGUGGGCGCAGGAGGAGCUCGUCCGGUUACGGGCUGUGAUUACCACAACCACGGGCCGCAAGUGGAAGCAGCCGGUAAUCAUGGUUGCCACCCACACAUCGUUGAUCACGACCUGCAAAUGGAAGAGGAAGAAGAACGUCAGCGCAAGGAAGAACCCGCGCCACUGAAAACGCAUGUGUAUUGUGCGGACGGCACGGGGUUAGUACUAGACACACCAAUGCUAGAUUGUUGUGGAGCAGGUACUAGUACAGGCACUGGAGCUGUGUGUUUGCUUUCUCUGAGAUGAAACAAAAACAUCGUGUCUUGAUGAAAAAGGUCGCGCAGGGAGAAAGUUUAGUUUUUGGCUCCUUCCCAGCAAGGCAAGAUUAAAAUAAAAAGAUAGCCGAGUCAUCCCGUAGAUGUGGAUUUCUUUGUAGUUACAGCGAAAAAUUACAACAGGCGCGAUGCCUAUUCAGUGGCACUCGGCGACCAGGGUGGAGCCUUGA